GUUCACUGCCCCCGCCGCAGCCUGCUUUGGAGAGGCAAAAUCGACCUCUUAUAAGGGAAUUCGCCCGACAGCCUGCUUCUUGCUGGUUUGCGCUUCGCCGCGAUAAUCACUUAAUACAGCCUGAUACGGGGUUUGGUUUCCACUGUCAUGUCGCCUUCGCAAAAUACAGCACACACACAGACGAGAAGAUUCAGCUGGAGAAGAUCAGAGCCAACCCCGACAAUGCCGGCACCUCUGCGGGCUACAACCUUUCCGCCUCCAAGCGGAUGGGUUCUGGAGACCGUCUAUGCGUACAAUCUGAGAUGGCCCAUCUUACGACAAUGGUUGUGUGAUACCUUCAAGAAGGAAGGUGGCCAAUUCAGCGAAAGCCAGAACUUGCGAGAAGAUGAGUUCAUUUUCUACGCGCCUCGGCAAUUACAGGAUCACGAGCGAACAUAUAUAGAUAUGAAUUUGCGAGAGACAGCAGAGAAGGACAAAGAUAGGCAGAAUGAGACAAGAGCCAGAACACCGGACCCCCCGAUGAUUCAGCGGCAAUACCCAUUUUGAUUUGGAUUUUGGAGGGGGCUCAAGGGGCUGAAUAGGCUGAUGGGCGCCAUUGAGAGAUAACUUGAGUUGUUCUUGAAGGGGCCAGAGGCGAUUUCAAGGGACCCUCUCUUCAAAAUUACCCAAAGAGUAUGAGUUAGUAACGAAAAAUGUAAACCCUUGCUCAAGAUUGAUUGGUCCAUGUGCUCACCGUACAGUCCAAUCCAAGCCGC